AUGGUCGGACUUGCCGUAGGUGAUGUAACCGAGUCUUUCUUGCCGUGUCGUGCAGGGAGGGAACCAGUGGAUUCGAGUUUGGUAAGGGAAUUGAAGACCUUCACAUUAGUGGCUCCUCGCAUGCCGAUGACGACUCUACUCCUGGGGUGUCUCACAUCGGAAGAGCUUCAUCAAGCAUUCCUCAAGAUGAUGAAGCAUAUGAAGGCGCUCUCGGCCUGUGCGCUAUCCUAA